AUGUCUACCACUGAGUACAUGCAUUAUUCGAAUUGCUUCUCAUCAAUUACAACAGUAGCACAUAUCUAUAAUCUUAUCAGACAAUCUGGCUAUUCUGAUCUGAUAUGGCCAGAGAUGGAUAAGGUUAUAGAUGCUAAUAUGAGCAACAUCUUCCACGGAAGCCUCCCAACAACCGGAAAGACAGUUAGAUCGCGGUUCCUUAUCCUCUUCAAAGCCCCUGCAAGCGAAAUUGCAAGAUACGGUGGCUUCCCCGAGCUGAAAUAUGGCGCGAAAGAGACUCUCGUGAUGCCAGAAAUUUCAAAACAUCUCUUAAAUUACAUCAUGAGAAAGGAUUUUCAGACUCGAGGAGUGGAAGAAUUCCUACACAGUUCUGAUAGGCUGUGGAAAAAAGCAUACUUAAACGAAAAAGACACGGGAUCGAGGCUGGACCUCCUCAAACAUAUGAAGGAGAAUAUUUGCGAUCUUUUGAAAGUCAUCGACCUCGAAUAUUGUAUAUUGGGUAGGGUCUGUUUCGAGGUGAUUUGUCGUCUUGGAUGGGAAUUGCGAGGUCAGAAAUACAAUAAUAUGGAAGACGGGACGCUUAAUUGUACCAUCAUAAAGGAAUUCAUGAGGAAAAACCUGACUGAUAUUGCUCCACUUUUCCUUGAUCUCGAAUCCGACUCCAUUCCGAAGAUCGAUCGGCGCCAUAGGCUUGCGGCGGAAUCGAUCAUGGGGGCCAUCGGAGUAUCACGCCAAGAUACCCUUGAAGACAUCGCAACGCCCCCAUUAGAGGCCGAUUCAAACAACAUUUUUAAGCUAGGGCCAAGUAUAUGA